AUUUGAACUUUUUACUUAACUCAUAUAUGAUUAUUUGCAGUGUAUAUAUCCAUCAAUUAUUAUUAUUGUCUAGCCUGGGCAAAGAUAUCGUUUACUGCAUCGAUCACUUUUUGGGACUUUAGAUAACAUAUUGAGAAAGUUUUAGAUACAAAAAAUUUAUCAAUGACUCGCAAUUUGGUUGAACUUUACUAUAAAUACCAAGUGAAAUGGCAAAAUUUAAUUAGUUGAAAAACAAAAACAAAAGCGAAAAUGAAAUCAAUUGUUGGCUUGGUGGUAGUUUUGGCCCUAGUGGGUCAGCAAGUCACUGGCAAGAGUCUAACCAGUAACUUGAGCAACUUUACCAACAAUAUCGGUGAAGAUGCCUCAAUUUUUGGCAAUGAACUGGGUGAAGCUGGCACUCAAUUUGGUCAAGACAUAUCGAACAGUGCCAUCAAAUUUGCCCAUGAAAUAUCUCAGGAAGUGAAACAUUUGCUUAACGAGGAGAUUUCCACUGUGGUGAAGAAAGUUAAUGCAACUAUUAAGAAUUCUACUGUAAGUGACAGUGGCUCAUCUUGUGCUUGUGUUUGUGAUCAGCCCUCGUUGUCCUCAAAUCUCACAAAUGAGGCCAAGAAAGUUUCCUCUCAGAUGGCCAAUGUUAUACAUAACGUGGCCAAUUCUGCUACCAAUAUUGCCAAUAAUGCUGCCAAUGCUGCAAAUAAUGUUGCCAAUAAUAUUGCUAGCGAUGCCAAUCAAGCUGCCAAUGCUGCCACAAAUGCUGCCAAUAAUAUUGCAAAGUCGGCCAACAAUGUGGCCAAUAAUGUUGCCAACGAUGCAUCGCAGAUUGCCAACAAUGUGGCCAACUCUAUGCAAAAUGUGGCCAACAAUGUUGCUAAUGCAGCUACAAAUGUUGUCCACUCAAUUGUCAAUGAUGUCAAUCAUUUGGUCAAUUCCACAGCCAAUUAAAGAUUAUAAAUAAAUAUAUAUAUUCAAAUUCAAA